AUGGCGUUGGCCGGGAUUCUCAAUACGACACUCAAUGCCACCAUGCGCGGAGUAGUCUUCAACGGCCAUCCGUUUGAGAUGGCUGUGCAGGACCUUCCAAUGCCAGUGAUUCAAAACGCAACAGAUGCUGUUGUUCGCAUUACCAUGUCAGCACUCUGUGGGUCUGAUCUUCACACCUACCACGGAGUAGCAGGUGCCACACCCCCUUGGACCAUGGGUCAUGAGGCAGUUGGAUAUAUCCAGGAGAUCGGUAGUGCCGUGUCUGCCUUUGAGGUUGGUGACUAUGUCAUCAUUCCAGACACCGCGAACCACGGACAAAUUCAAAUGGAGCCCGAAGCGCUCGAAUACUUCGGAAACGGCGCCGCCGGGCUGAUAGACGGUCUUCAAGCUGAAUACGCCCGAGUCCCAUUUGCCGAUUCGAAUCUCAUUCCCAUACCUAUCACUGCCAACACCACCAACGUCACCCUCGAGCAAGAUUAUCUCACUGUAUCCGACAUCUUCGGUACUGCCUGGUCAGCCCUUGACUUCUCUGGCUUUGAGCCAGGUGAUACUGUUGCCGUGUUUGGUGCCGGCCCUGUCGGGCUACUCGCUGCUUACUCGGCACUUUUGCGCGGUGCAUCAAAAGUAUACUCAGUCGACCACGUUGCAAUGCGCCUCGAGCGUGCAGCCUCCAUUGGCGCUAUCCCUAUCAACUUUGCUGAAUCUGAUCCAGUCGAGCAAAUUCUUGCUCUUGAGCCUAACGGUGUUCUUCGCUCGGUUGACUGCGUAGGAAUGGAGGCAUUGAACCCUGAAUUGCAGCAUCAGCAGGACAUAAUUGUUCAGCAAAUGGUUGCUCUAACUCACAUUGGAGGAGGCAUUGGCCAGGUCGGAGUCUGGAUGGCCCAGCAAGAUUCUCCGGGUGCUCCUCUUGGCCAUCUUAUGUCCCCUAGCUUGGACUUCCCAUUGUCAGACUUCUUCUCCAAGAGACUGAGAUUCCAGGCUGGCCCGGUCGAUCCCAAGGGCCUUGCCCCACACCUUGUCAAUCUCAUCCAUACUGGUCAGGCGCGCCCGAGCUUUAUCGAGUCUGCUACCAUUGAUAUUGAGGAUGUGCCCGCCUAUUACCAGCGCUUCAAUCGCACAGAAGAGCUCAAGGUUUACAUCCGCUUCGAGUGA